AUGUGCAUCCACGGCAUGGCUGUGAUGUAAUAGCUGGCUAUCAGAUGCAAUCAAUACAGCAAUGGGUUGGCUGUACAGCAAGGGUGGGAAGGUCAUACACACACACACACACGAAACACCACAGAGGGUCCGGUCCGUUCAGCAAGCUAUGCAAUCAACGGUGGAUGUGAGUAUACACGUUGCGAUCGAGUCGAACCGCAUCUCACGUCGUGCCUGAGGUAGACGUACACAGAGUGAGCCUCCCACCAGACACGCACGUCCAGUUUGCGUACCAGGCUGCAUGUUGGUGGCGAUCGACGUAGUAGUCGGGGCUUCGCUGCAGAGAACACUUCAGCACAUAGCAGCGGAGAUUGCACCCUCGUGCAGUGCUUAUGAGGCGCUGACCUGUCUGUGUCAGCUGAGGUCGGGUUCCGCCCGCGAGUAGUGGAUGCCUUGUCAGUCGACGACACGCCACUGCAGACAGAGAUACACAGCAGGCUAUCCUUCACACAUCCUCCCCCACCGCCCUGUUGACUCACCUGUUCCUGGUAACUUGUGCCAGUUUCGCCUUGAGCUGUGCGAUCUCUGCGUUUUUCGAUGCCAACUCGCUGAAUGAACAAAAGAAUACACGUUACAUACACACACACACACACACAUAUGACAUACGUCUGCCUGUCCCCCUAUCUGUCUGUCUGUCUGCCUGUCUGUCUGUCUGUCUGCCUGUCACCUCUGCAGGCUUCGUACGGUGCGACGGAGGUCUUUGUCAGCCUGACAGACACACACACGGACAUUGAUCACUUCAGCAUCCGCGAACACGUGUGCUCACCCCCCUCCCCGCCUUCAUGGACGCCCAGGACCUCUCCAUCUUUAUCACAGGGCAGUAUUGCUGAUGACGGGGCUGCAUGAGCGGCACCACGUGGUCGAGGAACGCGCCAAUGUCGUCGUUGGUCGUCCGGAGCUCACCGCAGUCCACUUUGGCGAGGGAGCUGGACAGCUCUGGGCUGAGCUGCUGGGUGAUGCUGCCGGAGCACCAGCAGGCGAUCACUAUCAUGGGGUGUGAAAAGUACUCAUACUCCACACGGGUGAGGUGCCCGAGCACAGUCUCCCGGGCGUCCCUGCCAAGCGCACUGACAGACAGCCACAGCACAUAACAAACAUCACGUGUCUGUCUGCUUCUCUCUCCGGUUACUUACCGGGACAUGUUGUUGAUCUCCCUCCACUUCCCCUGCUCAAUACAGCACUGCAGGUACUGCAUCGCGAGCGACGCGUACAGGAAGAGUGUCUCUGUCAGCCGCAGCUUCACCUCCUUCAGCCGCACAUCCCCCACCCCCUUUCGCACCAGCUCGUCGGCCGCCAGGUUGAGCACCUUCGUCGGCGGCUCAUGUCCGUCGUUUAUCGUCACACGCAUGGAUGAUGUGAACUCAUCGCUGCCGUGGAGGGUCACGGGGGGCUGGCCCUCUCUCUCGAUGGCGAAGGCGCCGCUUAUCGAGUAGCACCCUGUCCUAUGGCGCCCAUUAGUGGGCACCUCCCACCUCGUCACCUCCGUCACCGUGCGCUCGGAUGGCAAGGUUUCCUCCGACCGUUGGCCCUUGAAGACGGGCAGUGCGAGUCUCCACCCAUGAAGCCGAACUGACGAUCGGCUGCCGUCGCUGAGGAAGGGUUUCAUCACGGUGUGGGUCUGGAGAGAGUGCUGGCGGUCAGCGAAUACCUUGUCUGCAUAGUCACAGAGAACAGCAUCGAUGCAUUGUCCAUCCUAUGUCCCCUGUAGGGGUGUGAGGCCUUGGUGCGUCGCGUACACAGUGCGUCAGGGAAGGUCUGAGAGUUGGUCACCACGGUGAGGAAGCGCUCCAGCCGCUCUGUCACUGCGACCGCGCCCCAGAAUUCUCUCAACUUCCCCAGGUAAAUACGGUCGAUGAGGACAAUAGCCGCCUGUCUGGCCUCAUCGCCGGCCACCCUGUCGUACAGCGGCCGGAUGCACUCGGGGUGGUCGAGCACCAUCUCAGUGAGGCCACGCGCCCAGUAGUUGCAGGUGGAGAUGAUGAGGCGGCCGAUGGGGGGCUGGUCGAGGGACUGCAGGAGGGCCAUGGCAAACGCGCUGUCGCCCUGGAACUCCUUGCUGGUCUGCAGUCCAUCAGUUUGGUCGCAUCAGAGCGUGUGUGCAUCCGUCAUGUGUCCGCCGCUCCCACCAUCAUCGCGACACGCUCCAAGAUGCUGUAAGAGCACCCUCCAGUGAAGUACUCCAGUGCCACCAACGUGUCAAUGAAGUUGUCCUUGGUCAGCGACGUGAUCAUCGAAGGGCGAAAGUGUUCAAUCUCGAGCGAGAGGAUAGGAUACACCUGCAGGACGACGGCCGCCACUUGCGGGUCCACAUCCACAAUGACAAACCGAUUGGACGGCUCCUCACGAUGACUCGACAACGCAAACGACGGCGACUGGAUGAAGCAAGCAGAGCAGGGAAGCAGAUGACCUCCUGUCCUGUGUGUGUCAUCUUUCUUCGCAUGGCAGUGUGUGUGUUUGUCGCUCACUCACCGUCUUGAAGUACUCGAACUGCAUCAGAGUAUCUCUGCUCACGCGCAGUCUGCGGUCCUCGCCGACGCCAUCGGGGUCUUCACCCUUCUUGAUGAACACCAACUCACACACAGAUGACUCAUCACCGCACUCGAAGCGCUUCAUCUGCAGGAGGUACAUCACAUCAAUUAACGUAUGACCGAUCUGUCUGAGAGAAGCAGCUUCCUUCCAAAAGGUAGGGCGCAAUAAGAGCUCGCUUCUCUGGCGAG